GCCAAAUUUGUCGGUCAUGAAAUUUGUGGUUUAUUGGAAAAAUAUUACUUUUUCAUAUUUAUAUUGACAUAGAUUAAGGGAACCACCUGCCGACAACAAAUGCGCCUGGUAUCACUCGGGAACUGCUGUUACCCUUUUUACAGAAUAGGAUACUAAGGGUUGGAAGCAUAGCUGGAGACCUGGUAAAAUGACAGCAGAGAUAAAUAAAAACCCAUCCCACAUUAACAACAUUGAACUGCUUUUAAAUGAGAAAGGCGAUGAAAAAGAAGAAAUAUCCUACCGGCCCUCAAGAGAAGAUACCGAGCGUGAAAGAAAGCUCAGUGCUACCUCAUUAAGUAAUUCAGAAUCACCUAAAUUACAAAGACUUCCUAUCCCUGCGGAACAACGCGCCACUUCCGGUAAUGUGGGACGUCGAUGGCGUAGCAUUCGUCACGCGGUGCGUGUGACAAAUGCGGCCGCGUCUAUGAAAAAGGGACUCAACAGGGAAGACUCUUUUCUGAAGAAGUUUUCGACAAGGCAACCUUACCGUGCUGAUUCUAUCGGCACCAUUGACGAACAGUUAGAGAACGACGAAUCGCCGGACGAGAGCCGUACAAAGCACCAUUCCGUGCUGCAUACGGACGGGAAUGUGAUGUUUUACUGGUUGGGUCUCCUGACAUUGUCUAUACUUUACAACCUCUGGACCUGUAUUGCUCGUGAGGCUUUCCGCGAAAUUCAAGAGGGGAACAUGAUGGUGUGGAUUGCGUGUGAUAUUUUUUGUGAUAGUAUUUACAUUUUGGACAUCUUUGUGCAAAUUCGAACGGGAUAUUUGGAUAAAGGCAUCAUGGUGUACGAUUCAAAAAAACUUAUGAUGAGAUAUGUGCGGACAAAAGACAUUGUUUUAGAUAUUGCAUCCUUAAUUCCUUUAGAUUUCCUUCAAUUUACCGUUGGAAUUCAUCCAAUGUUACGCUUUCCAAGAUUUCUCAAAGCCUAUCGAUCUUUUCGUUUUUUACAUCUACUCGAAACAAGAACCCAUUUUCCAAACUUUUUUCGAGUAGCAAACCUGACACACAUAUUGUUUUUAGGAUCUCAUUGGUUUGCAGCUUUCUACUACAUGCUUUCAGAAGCAGAAGACUUUCAGGGAGAUUGGUCCUAUCCGAAGCCUGUGGGACAGUUCGCGUCCGUGACCCGGAAGUACUUAACGUCAUUAUUCUGGUCUACCCUGACCCUAACAACCAUUGGAGAUCUCCCUCCGCCUGAAUCUAACUGGGAGUAUGUGUUCGUCAUCGUCAGCUACCUGAUUGGGGUCUUCAUCUUCGCUACUAUUGUCGGACAGGUCGGAAACGUGAUAAACAACAGAAAUGCAAGCCGCCAAGAAUUCGAACGGUUAUUGGACGGUGCAAAGUUAUACAUGCGGAUGCACAAUGUUCCCCCUGAUGUCCAGAAACGUGUUCAGAGAUGGUACGAUUACGUAUGGACAAGGGGCAGAAUGAAAGGAUCUGACAUCAACUCCCUGGGUUUGUUACCCGAUAAGCUAAAAACAGAACUUGCUAUUCAUGUCAACCUAGAAACCCUUAAAAAGGUGACAAUAUUCCAAGAAUGCCAGCCCGAAUUCUUACACGAUCUGGUGCUGAAGAUGAAGGCGUACAUUUUCACACCAGGAGACCUGAUAUGUCGCCAGGGUGAGGUGGCAAGGGAAAUGUUUAUCAUUGCAGAUGGUUUGGUGGAAAUUAUCAGUGAGAGUGGAACAGUGCUGACAAAAAUGGAAACGGGAGAUUUUUUUGGAGAAAUCGGAAUACUCAAUUUAGAUGGCGGUAUCAACAGGAGAACUGCUGAUGUGAAAUCGGUGGGUUAUUCGGAACUCUUUGUGCUUUCUCGUGAGGACGUCUUAGAGGCACUCAAAGAUCAUCCGGAAGCUGAGCGAGUUAUUCGAGAGUAUGGACAACAAAGACUAAAAGAAAUAGAAGAGCACCGACAAAAAAUGAAAUUUUCUGUCGUAGAAUUUCAAACAAAAUGGUCACCAACCUGUCCUGCCCGCCACUUACGCGGAAGUCCACGUCAACAAACAAAUAUGAUUAAAAACAAGAAAGCACCAGGUAUGUGUGUUAACAAUGUGUCUAAACGUAAGACUAAAACAAAGAGGUAUCUGGGUGCUAUGACGGACCUGGCCUUGAAGAGUAGGUCUGUGGACGGUAUUGAUAUGAAUCAGACUGACGAGAUCGACAGCUGGCCGGUGAUUGCCAAGCUACCGCACGGAGAGGUCAUAGCAAUCAAGGAAAAACAUGUGCCACGGAAAUUUAGUUUUCCGACCAUUAUCGAAAAGGCCAUGGAUGCAAAUAAAAAAGGCUUGUUGUUUUUAGAGAAGAACAAGAUUUCCGAUAGUUCUGGGGAGAUAACAAAUCGUGUGAAUAUCAGUUCAAUAAACGGUGAUUCAGCAAAUGAAAGUAGUCCACACCAUGGACACUCGGAUAAGAAAGAUGACUCGAAAUGCUUGCUGUCCAGUAACUUAGAUCAAAGUCCGACAACAUACGACAGACUUACUUCUGACAUUACAACAAGAAGUGUCAAUGUAGCGGAACAAGAAACGGUACCUGCGUAUGAGGUCAACAGGGAUUUGAUGCCAGGGGUUUGUAAUUGCAAAGAUACAACGGAAAAAAUUAAUGCCACUCUCGAAAAUUUCAGUUCACACUUGAUGGAUUUAAAGAAACUUAUGGAAAAACAAAUUAAAUUUUUGGAGGAUAUUACAAAAAUCCAAACUAAAGAUCAUAGACUGGUCGCUGAAAACCACGGUGAAAGUUGUGGUGGACUCGAUCAACAAAUAAUCGAUCAAGAAGAAAAUAAAAGUGAAAAAAACAACGAAGUGGAAAACCCAAGUGAACGGAACUCUGACGAGAGAUCACAGAAAGGAGAGACCGCGAAAUCUGAAACCGACACGGAAUCGUCAGAAAAACAAACUCUUGAAGAGGAUAUUGUUACAAGUUUAUGAUUAGAAUUUUGUGACAGUUUCCAUGACUGAGAUUGCACACAAAAACAUCUGAAUACUGGAGGCCUAAAGACUGUUGUCAUUACAAUUUUGUUCGUUAAAAAGAGGAAUGUGGCACAAUAAAUAUGGUUCAUUUUCAUGUGGUUCAUACCGGUCCUGUUAGUCUAGUGGGUAGGUCACUUACUAGCAAAUGUGAGAUCCCCAAAUUCAAUCCCGGCGCCAAGACGUUUCCAUUGUAGUGACUAUUCCUUCGCCAAGCGACCGGCAUAAAUACUGAAAAGUCAAAAUUGCAUACAAAACAAAAUAUGCGAUUCAUAUAACUUUGAUACCAUUUGUUUAUUUAUGUGAUAAAAAUGUAUUUUGUAUAAAUAAAAAUGCA